CAUCCCAGUAUGGCCCAGUUGAGGCAAAGCCGGGCUCUCAUCAUCGUCAACACCAAUUUCUGCAGCAGUGAUGGUGAUGUGGUGCUUGGAACCCGCAGAGGAGCCCAGAGAGAAGCCGAGAAGCUCUCCAAGAUACUCUCACAACUCAACUACAAGGUGAAGCUGAUGCACAACAAGACAGCCAAGGAGAUGGAAGACCUUUACCGACAAGAGCGUUGCCAUGAGCACGGGGAAUAUUUUGUGAGCAUCAUCUCCAGCCACGGAGACGACGGGGUCGUAUUCGGUUGUGACACGGAACCGCUUCCACUGACUGCAAUUUUCCAGAUUUUAUCUUCAGAGAAAUGUCCAAUGUUGACCCAAAUACCCAAGAUCUUCUUCAUCCAG